CGUUCUUUUCUCCCCCAAAUUUCAGUUUCCUUCCCUCCAAACAAAAAAAGCUCUCUUUACACUUAGAUUAGAUUCUCAAAUUCGUUCCUUCCUUCCCAUAGAAGAUCUUCUUCUCAUAGCUAUGGAGUGCAGACCUCUGGACAUAACCUUAAUCUCGGCGACGGACCUGAAGGACGUCAAUUUCCUCUCCAAGAUGGACGUCUACGCCGUCGUUUCGAUCUCCGGCGACUCCUUCUCAAAAUCCAAGCAGAAGACCCACGUCGAUAAGGACUCCGGCCCAAACCCUAGGUGGAACUACACCAUAAAGUUCACCGUCCCCGACGCCGCCGCCAAGCAGAACCAGCUCACCCUCAAGAUCAAGCUCGUCUCCGACCGCAGUUUCGGCGACAAGGAGAUCGGCGAGGUCCACGUCCCGAUCAAGGAA